GUGUUUUUGCGACUUCCUCAUCUUUGAGUCAACUCCUGAGGCUGAUUAAAAAAGCAGCACAAACUCUGAGGGAACUUCACUUCUCUGUUCAUCUCUCAUCCGUCUGCUCGAAAGACCGAAAGAAAACGUAAGCCGUCUUUGCUUCUAUACGACACACAUCGUCAGCAUUCAUUUAAAAUAUAAAUCAAAAUUCUACACGCUUUAACAUUCAUUUAUUUUGAAUUUAGAUCAAUUAGCAACUGAAAGGCAGAAAGAAGAAACCACAAGAAAAACCAAACAAACAGAAGGCAGUCUUUCAGUUGUUGUUUUAGACAUUUUUAGUGUUGAACAACUUCCUCCUGCUUGUCCUUUUUAUUGUCAUGCCAUCCUCUGUGUCAGUAUGACGCAGCAACGACUGUUGUUUGCAAACAACUCUUAUUUUGUUGAUAAAAAUCUCCAUCACCAGACUUUCACAAAAGUCGGUGAGCGAUUCUGACACACCUUGAAUUGAAGAACUGAAUUCUGUCAGAACUUUUCUGUUUGGAAACUUUUUCUCACUGAUAAAAACUGAAAUAUAUUCCAAAACAUCUCUACAUCAUCUCAACUUCACUACUGGCCUCCAAGUAAACCCCAGAAUACAAACUAGUUAUUUCGGACUGAACUGUACUAAAAAUAUGAAGUGUUGUCAUGUAUGAUCUCCAGACUUCCUGCCUCACACGACUCACAAAGAUGGCUGCAGCUCUGACUCUCCUUUUCAUCGGCUGUCUGCUGCAAGAUGUCAUGUGUGGAGACCCUACAGAGAAGGUCAUUAUGCCACAGGCUAUUGAGGCUCUGAGGGGAUCCUGUGUGACCAUACCCUGCUCCUUUGAAGUACGGAGAGAAUUUGAUGCCUAUUUAGAUCAAACAUGUAAAGCAUUGUGGAAAAAUGAGGCAAACACUGUUGUGUUUAACAGCAGUAAUCCACAAAGUUCUACAAUUAAAGGAAAUUUCACAGGAAACUUAACAAAUAAAGACUGCACAACAACUCUGAACAACAUGCAACCUGAAUACAACAACAAAUAUCACCUCAGAGUGGAAUGUGACAAAACCCUGAAACAUAACAUGAAUGAAAAAUUGCAAAUUUCAGUGAGAGAUGAUCCUCCCACACCGACUCUGACUCCACCCACAGUGAGGUGGGUGGAGGGAACCUCAGUGAGUGUGAGGUGUUCUGCUCCAGCUCCCUGUCUGUCUCUUCCUCCAGCUCUCACAUGGACCCCCCACCUGGGUGACAGUCAUGAGACACUGCAGGACAAUCAGGACAAAACUAAAGUCAAAAUCUCCACUCUGACCUUCACUGCAUCUCACCUCCAUCACAGACAGAACAUCUCCUGUACUGCCGUGUACACAAAACAAGAUGGCAGCACUGAGUCAUCUGCUACUACAAGUUUCACAGCUGAUAUUUCAUAUUCACCCAAACACACCUCAGUGUCAGUCAGUCCCUCUGGUCCAGUACCAAAAAACAGUACUGUGACUCUGACAUGCAGUACUACUGCUAACCCAGCAGUAGUGAACUACACCUGGUACAGAACUGAUGGAGGCCAGGAGACUUUUAUUGGGACUGGACAUGUUUUAAGCAUUAGAGCUUCUGAAGUCAGAGAUCCUUUUUUCUGCAAGGCUGAAAAUAAUGUUGGAGCUGGACGAUCCAACAUCAGUCACAUCGAUGUUCAAUAUUCACCCAAACACACCUCAGUGUCAGUCAGUCCCUCUGGUCCAGUACCAAAAAACAGUACUGUGACUCUGACAUGCAGGACUACUGCUAACCCAGCAGUAGUGAACUACACCUGGUACAGAACUGAUGGAGACCAGGAGACUUUUAUUGGGACUGGACAUGUUUUAAGCAUUAGAGCUUCUGAAGUCAGAGAUCCUUUUUUCUGCAAGGCUGAAAAUGAUGUUGGAGCUGGACGAUCCAACAUCAGUCACAUCGAUGUUCAAUUUGCUCCACAGAUCCUGCCCUCAUCUUAUUGCAAUAAAACUGCAGAGCAGCUCAACUGUUCCUGUGAGGCUGUGGGAAAUCCUUCUCCCACAUCACAGUGGUAUUUGGAUGGGUUGCCUGUCAAUCACUCUGACAAGUUUGCAAUCAGCAGUGAGUCUGUAAAAGACACGAGUGUGAGGAGCAUCAUCUCUGUGAAUCGACCACAGUGGAAGGGUCUUUCCACCUUGUCCUGCCUCAGCUCCAACUCUCAGGGAUCUGUCAGUCAACCUUUUUAUGUCUACGUCCUUGAGCCUCAAACAUCUGCAGAAAGUCACGACCGUUGGGAUCUUGGAUCAUAUAGUGGAGCUCUUCUCUUGUCUGUUGCUGGUGUAUCUCUAAUGGUGAACGUCUUGUACACAGUCUGCAUGGCAUUUCUUUGCAAAGCAAGAAGGAGCCAGAAGCCAAAAGAAGAGGACAGAACUUACAUGUCAUUGGAUCGAAGAGACAGAUCUCCAGAGUACGAUGUCAUUGCCCAAACUCCGAAAUGACGACUUCCACUGAUGAUGAGCGUGAUCAUUUCCUGAAGGAUUUAUUGCCUUUCACUGAGGCAAAAAUGAAUGCUUUAUUUCUGCUCUAGGUUGCAAUGCCUUAAAUUUAUGUUUAUGUAUUUAUGAAUCAAAUUUCUGUGUGUGGGACACACAACAUGAACAGCUAUGUUAAUGCUUUCUGCCUGAAGUUCAAUUUCAGCAAAAUGUCGAAGUUGUUUUAAGUAUGCUGUGCAGUGAUUUUUGAGGUGGCGAGUUUUUCCCUUUUACUGGUAUUGACACUGUGUUGAUCAGCUGUAGCACCUGUUUGAUUUAAAACAGAAAGCACAUUUUGAAUGAGGAGACAUAAGUCUGUUCCAUGAUUUUCUUUACUGAAAAUAAAGAAAGAAUGUGAAGCCAAAUGCAGAGACGGGGAUUUAAAUGGCACUGGACUGAACAGAUGAGUCUCAGAAACAUAGUGUUGUACAGAAAGACUGGGUCAACGUCCACAGUGUUUUGUUGACAAUGACAAUAAAAUAUUUAUGCAUUUCUUUCAUACAAUACAUUCCAUCUCGAGACUGUCUUCCUCAGAAGAAUGACAGCACUUAGUUCAGUAAAUGCCUCUGCAGAGCUCACAGAAAAUGUGACAGGAGCAAAGGAAGACAUUAAAAUGACUUCUCUAUCAAGCAGGAAGUCACCAUGAGUUAUAGCUGUCACAAUAUCACAUCUUCUCCACAGAUGAAGUCAGAAACAAAAGAGGCCACAAAGCCUAACAUAUGUAUUAUUAACACAAUAUCAAUAUUUCAUUUUUCACUUUAAAUAUCACGUUAUCAUCAAUACCUGCAUAUAACUUGAACUGUGUGUUUAUAACAAUCAAGGUCCUCAGUGCGUCACUCCAGAGGGCUCUGAGUAACGAUGCAUUUUGAUACUUAAUUUUCAGGACUUGUUGAAAUAUUAUUUUAAAUAUCCCACUCAAGUUAUCAGCUUGUCUGAACCCCGACUCGCUAAGGAUACAAUCUUGAAGGGGACGUCUUGAUUAAUAUGCUGAUGACAUACAUGUUUCAACAACCACUACUGAACUGAGUGAACAUUCAAUCUGACAUUCAAUAAAAAUCAAAUGUUCUCAGUUUCAUAUGCUGAGCUGCUGAACUGGACUCAAUUACAUCAUAAA